UAUUUCGCUUGCUCUCGCUCUUGGGCAGUGAGCACCCUUCAUACACCGGCAACACGCAACAGAGAGCAGUAUAUCCUCCGCCACCCACAGCACACGUUUCGCCGAUCCGAGCCGAGCAGCCAGCCUUAGUGAGAGCAGCCCGGACACACACCGGAGAGAAAUCGGAGCAGCGAUGUUUUCCUGCAGAGCAGCUUGGCAGAGGUGUGGGCCUCUGGCGCGGAAAGCAGCCUACAGGUUGCCCCGAGAUGUUGUGCAGCGGCGUCAGAUGUCCUCCAUGCCCGGGGGCUCCGUAGAGAAUAUAUUGUACAGCCUGCUGUGUGGAGGAGCCUUGGUUGCUUCGGUGUCCUACGCCUACAGCACCGUGUCCUCUGACAGCAACAGGUUCAAUGAUCGCAUCUCAGAAAUCAAAGCCCGGCCCAAGACGGAGUGGGUCCCUAAACCUUGGCCACCUAAGAGUGGAGAGGAAGAUGAGGUGUAAUGCUAAAGCUAAGGUCCUCUGUGGCCGGAGAUUCGUCCUAGCACUGGACUCUUUGGAUCUGAAUGGGAAACAAACCCCCCCCUCUCCUGUACUGCUAACAAAGGAUAUUCGGGACAUUUUGUGAAGAUUCUUUUUUUUGCUGCUUUAUGUUAGUUUGGUCUGAAGAGGAUAAAUGGACUUGAUCGAAUUAUUUCAAACCAAUUCUGACAGAUUUUUGUUUGGCAACUGUAAAUGUUCAACAACACUCUAGGGUUGAAGCUAAAAAGAAUAGCAUUGUUUAUGUGGGACGUCCAUGCUAACACAUUAGCAUGCACUGUUGUGAGUGAUAUGAGUCUGUUAGCAUCAUCCAACGGGCAUCGUGCGGCAACAUGCAGUACACUGCGUAUUUAUCUGCUCACUGACAAUCUUCUGGAUUUAAAAUCUCAAAGGCCUUUUUAUUAAUAACUGAUAAACAUUCUCCCCCCCCCUUCCCAAUCUUUCAAUAGAUAAAAAAAGGAAAAUAGUAUUAAUAAUGUCAUUUGUUUUCAUAGGCAUCAAUGCUCAAAUAUCACUUAACACCCAAUGAAGGCUAUAACAGAAAAGCCUAUAGUUGGCACAUUAUCCAGGAGACUGCUGUGUUUCCAUGAGGAGGAAGAUUUGAGGUAUUUCUAAAAACGUUUCAAAUUGUCCACUUCAGUGGGGAGGAGGUUGUAUUCUCAAGAAUGAACCACGUUAUCAUGAAACCCCACUGUGCCAGCAGUCGUCUAUCCCUCCCAACAGUCCAUGCUGGAGUGUGUACCAGCCGUCCCACCACUUUGUGUGUUUGUGUUGGAUGUUAAUGUAGUAUUAAAGAUUCACAACCCACUG